UAACUUCUUUAGAGUUGACGUUUCUGUUCGCUGGUUUUUCCCCACUGUUGAAAAGUGAAGCUACAUAUCCCACCAGCUGGGUCUUUUGUGUCGGUAGCUACUGUGAUUUACUACGCCUCUAACGCUAGCUCCGUGCACCAGCUUGCCUAGCAAAAUUGACUAACUAACACAUCUAGUUUCGCUUGUUGGCGUUGGCUAGGUGGCUAGUGUUGCAGUUAAAUCGCUGGGGAGUAGCGAAGGCCUGAAAAGCGAAAAAUACAUGCAGACCACUUUUAGUUUUUAUUGACCGAUUGGCGCACGAAACGUCCUUCCGGACGACACAUCUCUGUAGCAUCUUCCAUAAUGGCUUGGACACAUGUAAACUAUGAGAUCAAGGGAGAUGUGGCUGUUAUUCGCAUCAGUGACCCAAAUUCUAAGGUUAACACCUUGUCACUUCAAAUGCAGAAAGAGAUGACCGAAGUUAUGGAUGAGGUUAUGGGCAACAGUGCAAUAAAAAGUGUUGUGCUGAUCUCCUCCAAGCCUGGCUGCUUCAUUGCAGGGGCUGACAUAAAUAUGAUUCAGGCAUGUAAAAGCACAGAGGAAGUAACAAGACUCUCUCAAGAAGGUCAGAAGAUUUUUGAGAAAAUUGAGAAGUCUCCAAAACCUAUUGUUGCUGCCAUCAAUGGAUCAUGUCUUGGUGGGGGAUUAGAGUUUGCCAUCGCCUGCCAGUACAGAGUGGCCACAAAGAGUAAGAAGACUGCUCUGGGCACACCUGAGGUCAUGCUGGGUCUUCUCCCUGGGGCCGGAGGAACACAGAGGCUGCCAAAAAUGAUUGGUCUUCCAAAUGCCUUUGAUAUGAUGCUAACAGGAAGGAACAUCCGUGCAGACAAAGCCAAGAAAAUGGGACUGGUUCACCAGCUGGUCGACACGCUGGGUCCAGGACUGAAGAGCCCAGAAGAAAGAACCAUUGAGUAUUUGGAGGAAGUAGCUAUUGACUGUGCCCGUGGGAUUGUCAACAAGAAACUCGCACUGACCAAAGAAAUGAAUAUGAUGCAAAAAAUACAAGACCAUGUCAUGAGCUAUUCAUUUGUACAAAAUCGGAUCUACAGUACUGUGGAGAAAAAAGUUCUGAAACAAACAAAAGGGCUGUACCCUGCACCUAUGAAAAUAAUCGAGUGUGUGAAAGCUGGUAUGGAGCAGGGCCCGGAUGCAGGAUACCUUGCAGAGUCACAGAAUUUUGGUAAACUGGCAAUGACUCCUGAAUCCAAAGCACUGGUUGGACUUUACCAUGGCCAAGUUGCUUGCAAGAAAAACCGAUUUGGGGUCCCUGAAAAGGAGGUUAAAACCCUGGCCAUCUUAGGAGCAGGGCUGAUUGGGGCAGGCAUAGCACAGGUGACUGUGGAAAAAAGCAUCAACACCAUUCUAAAAGACAUCACAGAGGAAGCACUCAACCAGGGGCAGCACCAGGUUUACAAAGGGCUAAAUGACAAGACCAAGAAGAAGAGCAUUACCUCUUUUGAAAGGGACAGUAUUUUGUCUAACCUUACAGGACAACUAGAUUACAGUGGAUUUGAAAAGGCUGACAUGGUUAUUGAAGCAGUGUUUGAGGAUCUCGCCAUCAAACACAAAGUCCUGAAAGAAGUUGAAGCUGUCAUUCCUCCCAAUUGUGUAUUUGCUUCCAACACAGCAGCUCUCGCAAUCAAAGACAUUGCAGCUGCCAGUAAACGACCAGAGAAGGUAGUUGGAAUGCAUUACUUCUCUCCAGUGGACAAAAUGCAACUUCUAGAGAUCAUCACCACUGAUAAAACCUCUAAGGAUACCACAGCCUCUGCUGUGGCACUGGGCCUGAAGCAAGGCAAAGUCGUUAUCGUUGUUGGGGAUGGACCUGGGUUUUACACCACCAGGUGCUUAGCCCCCAUGUUAGCUGAAGCAGUCAGAGUACUACAGGAAGGCGUGGACCCUAAGAAGCUCGACUCACUGACCACAGGGUUUGGCUUCCCGGUGGGCGCUGCCACUCUGGCUGACGAAUUGGGCAUCGACGUGGCCGCUCACAUGGCCGAGAACUUGGGCAAAGCUUUUGGCUCAAGAUUUGGAGGAGGAAAUCUUGAGCUGCUGAAGACAAUGGUUGCGAAGGGAUUCAAAGGCCGCAAGUCUGGAAAGGGAUUCUACAUCUACCAAUCUGAACCCAAACCCAAAGAUAUCAACCCAGAACUUAAAGAGAUUGUAGAGUCUUACAAGAUGAUGCCAAACCCUGCAGUGUCGUCCGACUCUGACGUCCAGUACCGGCUGAUAUCACGCUUUGUGAACGAGGCCGUACUUUGCCUUCAGGAGGGCAUCCUUACCAACCCAGUUGAAGGGGACAUCGGAGCCGUGUUCGGCCUGGGCUUUCCCCCAUUCCUAGGAGGUCCUUUCCGGUUCGUGGACAACUUUGGCGCAGACAAAUUAGUUGAAAAGAUGAAGACUUUUGAAGAGGUGUUUGGAAACCAGUUUACUCCAUGCCAACUUUUGCUUGAUCAUGCCAAGGAUCCAAGUAGAAAAUUUCACAACUGAACUCAUUAACAUGUGCCAAUAAUGCAUAUUAUUAAUAUUAUAAUUUCUUUUUUUGAUGUUGGAAAUGGGAGACAACUGAUUUACUGCACUUUGAGAGAUACAAUAAAUGUAGAAUUACACAGUACACAUAGGUAAAAUUACACAAUAAAUCUAACAUGUUUUGUGUUGCUCAUAAUUUUAUAUUAAGAACUCAGUGUUGUAAUUAAUCUUGAAUCUGAUUUACAAGAGCCUCCACUUUACCCAGAUCAAUACCGCUGCUUCAUGGAAAUCACUAGCACUUGUUCAGAUAUGUGUCUGUUAGGGUAGACUGUACAAUGCAAAACAAUCCAUGGGAAAAUAAACAUGAAAUCUCUGAG